AUGGCCGUGCAAGUAGCAACUCCAUGUCUAAAUUGGUCACACCCUUCAAUUCCUCACUCACCAUCUUCUCAAACUUUAGCUUCUGCAAUUUCGUCCCUAUCUAUUGUAAGACGUAGUAUUAUUAACAGCGAUGGAGCUCUAGCGUGCCGCAAUGUGCACCGGCUGGAACGGUCGUCCCUUUUUUGGACUCACCAGUCGUCGAAGUUGUUCCGGUCCAAAUCUUUCGAGCAUUCAAAAUCCCGGGACCAACCGCUCCGACGAGCAUGCAGUGCCAACUUGGCUUCGUUUUCGGACGAAGAAUUUUCGAAGAAAAUUAAAGAGUUGGCUCUUAGAUUUCAAGUAUCUGAUGAUGAAGAUGAAAGUUCCAUUGCUGAUGAUGCUAUGUUUGAAGCAGAGCAAUGUACGGUCCCAGAUUCUGUCGAAACAAGGUGUGAAAGUGUUGAUGUUAGUUCCAAUGGUGAAACUAAAUUUUUAGAAUAUCAGUCAUUUGAGCCUUUAAAGCCUCCAGAUUUUCCUGAAAGAGAUGAGAUAAUUCCUGCAAGUAUUGAGAGGAAGGCGAAUAGCGUUGAAAUCCCACUAUCCCUUAGAAUGAUAAAGCGGAAAAUGCAAUGGCAAGAAGGGUUUAGGGAGGCAGGAGAGUUGGCAUACUGCUCUGUGAAUAAAGCUUUUUCAUCCAUGGUGUUUAUAAUUCGGGAGCUCCAAAGUUAUACUUUGCAAAUGAGGGGAAUUUUGUUUUAUGAGGAUUUACGAGGGAUCUUGGUGAGGGUACAGAAGGAGAUGCACGCCUCCUUUGUAUGGUUGUUUCAGCAAGUGUUCUCAAAUACACCGACUUUGAUGGUGUACGUGAUGAUCCUUCUUGCGAAUUUUACUGUUUAUUCAAUGGGGACUAAUGCUGCUAUAGGAGCCACUCCACCGGUCCAUGCUUAUGCAGCCACUGUAGAAACUGUUUCGGUGGUGGAAGAUCAGAGUCCGGUCGAACAAAAGUUCGAUUCAUCGCCUGUUAAGACAUUUAAAUUAUCAUCAUCAAAUGGGAAGACUACAUCUAUUGGGGGAGGUAACGGUGGUGGUGGAAAAUAUAAUUCGGUUGCCAGUGGUACAGAUGGAGAUGGGAGGUUUGAUGAAUCUGGAUAUCACCGGACUAUUGUUCCUGACGAGACGUCCUCUGUUGGGAAUCCCUCAAGAACAGGCGAAGAAGAGUCAAUUUCUGGGCAAGUGGCCAGAGAAGAAGAGGUCAGUUUGUGGAAUUCAAUGGUGGAAGAAGCCUCGACAAUGCAGGCUGCAACUACUGGUGAAGCGUUGGAUCAUGAGGCAAGGCAAAGAAUUGUGUCCCCAGUGAAUGCAAUGAUUGAAGCUGAUGACUAUGCGGAGUAUUUUAGAACCGAGUUGCUAUAUCAAACGGGUUUGGCUCGAGAGCCCAAUAAUCCUCUUCUGCUAGCAAAUUAUGCUCAAUUUCUCUACUUGGUCGCCCAAGAUUAUGACAGAGCGGAAGACUACUUCAAGAGAGCUGCAGAGGUGGAGCCGAAGGAUGCAGAGGCCUUGAACAAAUACGCAAACUUCCUCUGGCAGGUAAAGAAGGACCUUUGGGCUGCUGAGGAAACAUACUUGGAAGCCAUUGCUGCAGAACCCAACAAUUCCUAUUAUGCAGCUAAUUAUGCCCAUUUCCUCUGGAAUACUGGUGGGGAAGACACUUGUUAUCCUCUCAGCUCCCCUGAGUGCUCCACCGAUGUUUAA